AUGAACACGCUUGAAUCUGAAAUAAAGAGAAGAGAACGAGUAAAUAUUCAUGCAAUUUUGUGGAAAGCCAAGCUUGAGGCUGCACUGACUGCUGGACUUUUCUCGAAGCGACGUAAUCGACCAAGUUGGUUUAGACCAAAGAAACUCAAUAUUGAUCAAGAUGUCCAACUUUUUCCGACAAUAACAAUAAAUUCAAAAGAUGCUAUACUUUCUGAAUUAUACAAAAAAGUAGGAGAUUUAUAUUUUCAAGAUGGAGAGUAUAUGAUGGCUCACAAAAGAUACACACAAUGUAUUACUCAAUGUCCUACUGGAAGUCAUUUACUUGCAUUUGGUUAUGCUGCUCGCAGUAUUGCAUUAUUUUAUGGUAAUUUUAUGAGUGAUUGUCUAAUUGAUAUUGAACGAGCAAUACAACAUGGUUAUCCUGAUGGAUUAAAAUCAGAAUUGUACAUGUGGAAAGCAUCUGCCAUGAAAGAACUUAAAAUGGAAAGAAAAUUAAUCAAAAAAACUGUUGAUCAAGCUCGUGGAUGGCUUGUAAAUAUUGCUGAUGAUCAACUAAGAAUACACAUGAAAAAUAGAAUUGAUUCAUUAAAUUUGCUGAAAACCGACAAGUUAAAUUGUUUUAGUCUUGAUUUUCAAGAUGCUGCAUUACCAUCUUUAAAGUCAAGAAAUCCAACAGUACCUGGAUUAUCCAACUCGGUUGGAUUGGAAUACUCAAAAAAACAUGGAAGGCAUGUUGUUGCAACUCAAGAUAUUAAAGCUGGUGAUGUUAUUGGCAUUCAAAAGCCAUACGCAAGUGUUGUCAAGAUGAAUGUGAAGUACAAUGUAUGCUGGCAUUGUAAAAAACAAACUUGGACUAGUAUACCAUGUGAUACUUGUAGCCAAGUUAUAUUUUGCUCAGAUGAUUGUAAAAAACAAGCACAAGAUAAUUAUCAUGCUAUUGAGUGUCUUGUUUUAUGCCAAGCAAUGGCUUUUGGUGUACGUGAAUGCGUUUAUACUGCAUUGAGACUUGUCAUCAUGGCACUUAAACAAUCCAACAAUUCAUUUGAAAAAUUAAUGGAAACUGUCCAUGAAAUUGAUAACCCAACAGAUCCACUAACAAAGGGUUUUAUUGAGGGCAAACUUGAUCCAACAAAAUUUGAAAGUGUUUAUGGUUUGUGUGAUCUAUCACCAUUAUCAUAUUCAUCACGAACAGCAAAACAACGAUAUUCUUCACUUGCUGAUGCUAUUAUAUUGUCAUAUUUUCUUGGUAAGAAAAUUGAAUAUUUUCAAGAAGAUUGUACAAUUGAUUUAUUGACUUUGGUGACUAGUCAAAAAUAUUCAGACCUCAUUACGAUUGCUAACAAAUUUAUGAAUGUAACACAAUUUAAUGCAUUUAAUUAUACACUAUUAUCUUCACACUCUGGAGGCCCUGUAUUAAUGGCAUCAUCAAUAAUACCAAGUAUGAGUUUUUUUAAUCACAGUUGUUGUCCCAACGUAAUACGUACUUAUCGUGAUGGAAAUUUAGCUCUUAUAGCCAUACGUCCAAUUAAAAAGGAUGAACAAGUAUUUAUAAAAUAUGGUGCAUAUUGGUUUUUCCUUAAUAGAAAAGCUCGCCAUGAAUUAUUAGGACGUUAUCAAUUUACAUGUGAUUGUGAAGCUUGUGAGCGAGAUUGGUGCCUCGCUGAUGACCUUAUUACUGCACCAGCAAUGCUUGAAAAUAAAAGUUUUACUCAUGGUGGUCCAUAUAUGAGUAAGGAUAUUUUAGCAACAAUUACUAAAUAUGUCAAAGCCUGUAAAACAGCUGUACAUCAUGCUCAAACAAGUAAUGAACCAUAUCCCAUUGCCAGAAUUGUUUCUGAAUUUACAACAUUUCUUAACAAAGAAUAUGAAAAUUAUUGUAAUGGUUCACAUGAAGUUUUUAGAGUUGGAAAAUUCAUUGAGGAUUUGUAUUUGUUAUCACAAAAAUGCUUUUCCUUUUUACCUGGUGAAACUGAUUAUCCAGCACUUGAAUAA